GGGUCUGCAGGGCCCCAUCUUGUCCUCGUGCUCCUCAGAGAGCAGGGCUGGGGCCACAGGGCCGGGACCCAGGACAGGAGCCCCACAGUGGCCUAGCACUCUGACACUUCCCGAGCCACUUUCCCAGCGGCCAGCCUGGGUGGCAAGGCUGUCCCCAGGGCUGUGAGGACAGAAAGAGACAGUGACAUGGGUCAGGGCACAUCAAGCCCCGCCACUCAAGAGCAUGGGCCUGGCAGGGUGACCCGGGGGCGGCAGGACCACUAGUGCCUCAGUUUCCCCCAGUAAAGCAGACCCAGCGGAGAAGCUGGGCGUGGAGGACGCCCUGCGAGCUGCCGCUGUGCUCCCCGCCUCUGUGUGCCCUGGGAGUCGCCCACACAGUCAGUUUCACAGACACGGGGCCACACCAAGGGCCGGGAAGCAGAGCUGACCUCAGAGCCCCAUGCCAGGAGACUGAGCGAGGACCCCCAGGGGCUCUGAGAGGAGGAGGCCUGAGGGCGGUGCAGGGGACAGCUUGAGCCCAGGCCUCCUCGCUGCCCUCGUCCUGGGCCGCUGUGGGCCCUGGCCCACACACUGCGGGGUGGCCGUCUGUGUGGCUGAAUGGUUCUGGCUGCGCUGACAAAGGUCCCCCCAGCUCCAGAGCUGCUGACCCCUCCGCAGGAGGGAGUGGCCUGGGGGCUGUCUGUGGGGUUCCUCCAUCCCCACUGACCCCACAAGGCCAUGAGGCUGGGGAGCCUGGGGUGUCGCGUGGGCCCCCCGCACCUCGGCCGGGACACGUGUGCGUCUAACUUAGUAACACACCUGUCGCGGGAGCAAAAGCACUUGUGCCGGGGGCUAUUUUUGGCGUCUCUUUAGCAAGCUGCUGAGGCUGCCGGCAGCCGGGGAGGAGAGACGGCAGCAAGCAGGCCGCGGGGACCCGGGCACCCAGGGCCAGGCUGUGAUGAACGGCGGCAGCCACUCACCGACGGCCGUGCACGGCGCCCCGUCCACACCCAACGGCUUCAGCAACGGCCCGGCCACAUCGUGCUCAGCCGCACUGUCCACCCAGCACCUGCCCCCGGCCUGUGGGGCCCGGCAGCUCAGCAAGCUGAAGCGCUUCCUCAGCACCCUGCAGCAGUUCGGCAGUGACAUCUCGCCUGAGAUCGGGGAGCGCGUGCGCGUGCUGGUGCUGGGGCUGGUGAACUCGACGCUGACGAUCGAGGAAUUCCACUCCAAGCUGCAGGAGGCCACCAACUUCCCUCUGCGGCCCUUCGUCAUCCCUUUCCUGAAGGCCAACCUGCCCCUGCUGCAGCGUGAGCUGCUGCACUGCGCCCGCCUGGCCAAGCAGACACCCGCCCAGUACCUGGCGCAGCACGAGGAGACGCUGCUGGACGCCAGCACCACCUCCCCCGGGGACUCUGAGCUCCUGCUGGAGGUGAACGAGAACGGCAAGAGGCGGACGCCUGACAGGACCAAAGAGAAUGAGUCAGAUGGUGACCUGCCGCACCCCGAGCAUCUCAGCAAACGGCCCUGCACCCUGAGCCCCGCCCAGCGCUACAGCCCCAGCAACGGGCUGCCGCCCCCCAUGCCGCCCCCGCACUACCGCCUGGAGGACAUGGCCAUGGCCCACCACUUCCGCGACCCCUACAGACCCCCCGGCCCCCGGGAGCUGCGGGAGCGCCACCGGCAGCUCGCAGUGCCUGGGUCCCGGCAGGAAGAAGUGGUCGACCACAGGCUCACGGAGCGCGAGUGGGCGGAGGAAUGGAAACACCUCAACAACCUCCUGAACUGCAUCAUGGACAUGGUGGAGAAGACCCGGCGCUCGCUCACCGUGCUGCGCCGCUGCCAGGAGGCCGACCGCGAGGAGCUCAACCAUUGGGUCCGGCGCUACAGUGACGCCGAGGAUGGGAAGAAGGGCUCCGUGCCCACCCGGCCGCUCGGCAGCGCUGCUGGCCCCGAGGGAUCUCAGCUAGACCUGCACCGGGAGCUCAUGCCCAGGGCACUGUCCGGCUACAUGCCCGAGGAGAUCUGGAGGAAGGCUGAGGAGGCCGUGAACGAGGUAAAGCGUCAGGCCAUGUCGGAGCUGCAGAAAGCCGUGUCAGACGCAGAGCGCAAAGCCCAUGAGCUCAUCACCACGGAGCGUGCCAAGAUGGAGCGGGCCCUGGCCGAGGCCAAACGCCAGGCCUCCGAGGAUGCCCUGACUGUCGUCAACCAGCAGGAGGACUCCAGCGAGAGCUGCUGGAACUGCGGGCGCAAGGCCAGUGAGACCUGCAGCGGCUGCAACGCGGCACGCUACUGCGGCUCCUUCUGCCAGCACAAGGACUGGGAGAAGCACCACCAUGUGUGUGGCCAGAACCUGCAGGGCCCCACUGCCGCCGUGGCCGACCCGCUGCCCAGGCAGCCGGACGUCACCGCCAGCCCCAGUGAGGCUGGCUCCGCGGGACCCUCUCGCCCUGGCUCCCCGGGCCCGCCCGGCCCACUGGAUGCCACUGUGCCCCGCUGACUCCUCUAGGCCCCGACACCUGGCCCGUGGAUGCCACGCCCUACCAACCCCCAGCCCAGCCUGGCUGCUGGACGCUGCACCGCCUGGCUAGCCGGCGGGAGUCACUGCUGCUACUGCUUCUGUCCAAAAGCAACACAGAACCAACCAGAGCUGCAUGGCAGCCUCCUCAGCUACCUGACACAACCAUCCACCACGACCUGAUGACCUCUGCCCCGCACCCUCCCAAACCAGCGACCCAGCUCUAGUAGCAGCGGCGCCAGUGGAGCGUGCCUGGCUCACCCACCAUCUGCCCCCACCCUGUGUCUGUCUCUGUCUGUCUGUCUGUCUGUCUGUCUCCCGCUGUCUCUUGACUUCCUUCUGUCUUUAUGACUUCCAUACGCGUUCCCUAUCCUAAAAAAGCCCUAACUGGUGGCUUGUGUUUUCAGUGAUAAAUUUAGAGGAUUUCAUUUUGUUGGCAAAAGAGCUACUCAGAAAUGGACAAAGAUGACCGUGGGGUUCUCCCUUUUCCUUAUUAAAAGGGAGGAAGACUGAUUUUAUAUCCAGAGACCUGAGCUCACUGUGUCACCCAGGCCAUCCCAGGGGUUACCUGGCAGACACAGCCCACACAGUGAGGAAGAUUUCAGUUUCCAACUCAAGAAGUAUUUUUGGUUUCAGGUUAUUGUGGUGUUUUGUUUUUUGAUUUUUUUUUUUUUUAUGUCAAACUCUUUGGCUUUAAGUAAAAAUCCAAAAAGGUUUUUUAAAAAAAGCAAAGGAAACACACCUAUAAACUACCUUGCUAGCUAGUCAGCCAAGAAUACCGGACACACCUCUGCUCCAAAGGAAACCCAAAAAGCAAACACAAGAAAUCGAAAUCCAAAACGCUUUUCCACUGCCAAAGUAUUCCUUUCACUGUUUCAGUCCAGCCUGGGUUCAUUUGGAUGCUGGUCUUUCAUUCUGUUUUGAUUGUCUGGGGUGUUGGGAUUCUGGGGUCCGGAGGGUCUGGGCCCGGCCAGAAGCAACCCCUCAUUUCCUCUGCAACUCUGCAGCCCCUCACCAGGCAGAACCGGGAGCGGCGAGGUUCCUGGGCCCACGCACCACCGCGCAUUUCGUCCGGUUCAGGGAGACACCUGUCUGUCCUCGCACCCUGUGACUGUCCAUAUUUCGUUUCUCUACUUGUGAAAAAAAAGUGCUAAAGUGUUCUUCCCAGAGAGAGCACAACUCUGAAACAAAACUGUGACAAUCUUUUGGGCUGAUUCCUGGCUGUUUUCAAAGCAGAAAGCGGCAAAUGCUCCUAGAACCCCGCCCUCCGUUCUCCUCCUCUACCUCUCUCGGCUCCCACCGGUCACCAGGCAGGCCCCAGGCCUCCUUUCUUCAAACUUUGCAGGAAAAAACAAACCUAUAGAUGAAAGCAGCGGCCCUCCCUCCCCUGAAGACCAUGCUCAGCUGUACAUAACCCCGCGUCCACUGUCUGUCCGGCCGGCCAGCUGUUCUUCAGCCCUGGGGACAGGACGCUCCCCACCCGCUCUCCCACCCCCCAGGCCUCACGAGGCCCUCAGCAACUCGAGGGGGGUGAGGGAGACUCGGCGCCGAGAACAGCCUGGCCCUGCUCCCGCACGCAGAGGCAGGGCCCUGGAGGACUUGCGUGCGUGGCAUCAGCAGGGCCUGUGCCCACGCCAGGGCCAGUGCACGUGAAUGUGAAUGUACAUAGCUCUACAGCGGUCCAAAUAACGGUGUCCACAAGGAUGGUAAGACGUUUGCCAAAUAAACAGAAGGGAAACCACAGA